UUAAAAAUGAAAUGGUUUUUAUAUGUAUUGAAAUUUAUUUAUCAUUUACAUUAUUAUAAAAAAAGAUAAAUAAUCAUAACAAUAUGGAAUACCAUUUCUUUCAUAUGUAUAGUUGGUAUUAUGAUAGAAUUUUUAUCUAACCAGGUGGAAACUAUUAUCAUUAUCCAUUGCUUAUCUCAUUCAUAAUAAACAUAAUCCUUAUUAAAUUCAUUAAUCACCUAUGAAAUUGGAUUAUUAAAAGAAAAAAAGAGAAGAAAAGACUGGAAUAGUUCAGUACAAAAAAAAAUUGAUCAGUCAACUCUAAUUCUUUCAAUAUUAGUGAGUGAAAUAUAAAAAGAAGAAGAGCAAAAAAGAAAGAAAGAAAGAAAAAGAAGAUAAUUCCAUUUGACUAUUUUCUUAUUAUCAUAGAAACUGUUCAUUUUAUUAUCCCUUUUUUAUAUGAUAAAGAAAUUGUAACAGAUAUAACUAUUAACACAAGAAAGGAAUUGUGUUUAAACAAUACUGGAACGUUUACUAUUACUAUUAUUAUUACUAUUUUAUCGAAUCAUUUUAUGUACUGUGAUCUUCUAUUUAUAAAUAUCUAUUAUCAUAUCCUAUGUAUCCAAUGGUUAUCAAUUUAGUUUAUUCAAAUUUAUUGAUUUCAUUGAUUGAUUGGAAUUAUAAACAACAAAUCAAUUUAAAUGAAUGCAAUAUUACAUAAUCAUCACCAUUACUUUGAUAUUAUACAUAGCAACAUAAUCUAUUAUCAUUAACACUAAUUUCUACAUUUUUAAUAGUAUUAUAUGAAUAAGAGAAUUCUUGUUGUUGUUGUUGUUGUUGACAAUUAUGAUCUCUUAAUUGAUUUUAAUGGAUAAUUAUUGUUUAUAAGUAGUAUAUGAUGCAUUUAUUCAUUUCCGAUCAAUACAAACUCAAUUUUUCAAAUGUGUCUACAUAAGAAAUUUCCAUAUAAAUAGUUCCUUUUCCCACAAAUUAAAGAACAUUCAUUUGUAUGAAAAAAAGGUUUUCAUGAUAAAUAGAUUCAUGUUAUCUUGGUAUAAACCAUUUAAUCAUCAAGUAUUACUUAUAUUUCAAAAGAUUACAUAGAAGAAACAAGUAAACAACAAACAAACAAACAAAACAUUAUUACAUAAUAAAUAAUAGCAGAAAUCCGGCUCCCUCUAAUACAAAUAAUAAUAAUAAUAAUAAUAAUAAUAAAGUGAUUUUACAUCAUAAUAUUUGUACUAAAUUAAAUGAUCAUCUUAUUCAAACGGACAAUAUUUUUGAUAUUAUCAUUGUUCAUUGUUAAUAUCUAUGCAAAUUGUUACAAUUAGAUCAAUAUAUCUUUACUGAAUUGAUCGGAUUUCCUACUACAUUCUAAAUAAUAAUCAUAAGAAGAAGAAGAAGAAGAAGAAGGAGAAUAACAAAAAAGAAAACAGAUCAUCAAAAAAGGGACCCAACACUUUACUAAACAUAUGGAUUCUUUAUCCUAAGUGUUUACUGACGUAUUAUAUUAUAUGAUUUAUACAGUUCAUUUUCUUUGGAUUAUAUCAUAUUAAGGAGACUAAUACAAUAUAAAUAUAACAGUAAUAUACCAAGAUUAUAUAUAAUAAUUAUCAAUGGCACGUGGAGCUGGUGGUUUAUUAGAUGGUGGAUUUGUAUUUAAAUUAGGCAGAUUAUUUAAAACUCCAUAUGGUGGAGAAGGUGUUGAUUUUAUUGAUCAAUUAAAUUAUCAAUUUACUGGUGGACUAAUGGUUAUAUUUAUAGCAAUUAUCAGUUUUCGACAAUAUGUUGGUAAACCAAUUCAAUGUUGGGUACCACAAGAAUUUACUAAAUCAUGGGAAGAAUAUGCUGAAAAUUUAUGUUGGGUAUCAAACACAUAUUUUUUAUUACCUAAUGAAGAAAUACCAACAGAUCAAGUAGAUUAUGAAAAAGUUAAAUUUAUUGGUUAUUAUCAAUGGGUUGCAAUAGUUUUAGCUGGUCAAGCUAUGAUGUCAUGGGUUCCACAUUUAUUAUGGCGUGUUGGUUCAAGACGUUUACCAUUAUUAUUAAAAUCAGCAAGAGAAGCCGCUAUACCAGAUCGUGAAUUACGUUUAAAAGCGGUAUCAUGUUUAGUAGCUACAUUAGAAGAACAAGCUGAAUCUCAAUCAAGAUUUCGACGAAUUAAAUCAAUAUUAACUCGUUGUUUAUGUGGUGUUACACCAAAUGCACGUUUAACUAUGUUAUUUUUAUUUGUAAGAGCAUUAUUUGUAGCUAAUUCAGUUGGACAAAUUUAUUUAAUGAAACGUUUUACCGGUUUUAAUAGUACCGUAUUUGGAUUAAGAUUAUUACAAGAUUUAUCAGCUGGUGUUGAAUGGGAACGAACUGGACAUUUUCCCCGUGUUACAUAUUGUACUAUAAAAGUUCGUAAAAUGGGUCAAACUAAACCAGCAAGCUAUACACUACAAUGUGUUUUGCCAAUUAAUAAUUUCACAGAGAAAAUCUACGUAUUUCUAUGGUUUUGGUUUGCAAUACUUGGUUUAUUAACUACAUUGAAUACAUUACAAUGGGCAUUAAAUACAAUAUUACCAUCACGUCGUGUACGAUAUAUUAAACAAUAUUUAAAAGCAUUAAGACUUAUAUCUAGUACAGAAGAACGUGAUUGUGCACGUUUUGUAAAUAAUAAUUUAGGCGCUGAUGGUGUAUUUAUACUUCAUGUUGUUUCAAAAAUAGCUAGUGAUCUUAUUGCAUUAGAUGUAACAGCAACAUUAUGGAAAAAUUAUCGACAAGCUAAAAUUACAGGAACAGAAGAAGAUGUCAAUCGAUUACUUGAAACGGUGAAUCGUGGUUCUUCUGUUGUCUGA